GCGAUUGGCUGUAGGUUGAGCGGACAGGUAACCAGCUGUUUGUGAUCGAAGCCUCUACUAGGAAUUUACCUGCAACCGUAUUUGGUCAACCUGGAGGGAUUUUGUCGACGGUAAAACGCUUGAGAACGUGAUUUUAUCGAAAGAGAUGUAACUUUUUAAUGAUUUAAACUGUACUGCCGGAAUCACACCUGAAGAAGACGGCAGGUAGAUAUAACGGUGCUGAAGAUAUAUUUUUUAAGGUUUCGGAGAAAACAUCAUUGAAUCCGCCCCAGCAGUAGUUCAAACAUUACUUUUGUCGCGAAACAUAUCAAAAUGUCGGCCAAACUUCAGUUUCCUGCCAUUUUUUGGUGCGUGUCAGGCAUUUUAGCCUCCUACGCCCAACAGUUCUGUGGCCGACCACCGUUACAGGAGAACAGGAUUGUGGGUGGGGUGGACGCCAAAGAUGGAUCCUGGCCCUGGCAGGUGGAUAUACAGACAGACACCGAUGGUCAUAUCUGUGGAGGCUCCAUCAUCUCAGAGAACUGGGUCCUGUCAGCCGCUCAUUGUUUCCCCAAUCCAUCUGAGGUGAGUUCUUACAUCAUCUACGUCGGCCGGUACCAGCUCAAUGGCUUGAACUCUCACCAGUCAACUUAUCGCGUGAGCCGGGUAGUGAUUCCAUCCGGUUACACCGAACCUAACAGAGGGAAGGAUUUGGCUUUGGUGCAGCUGUCCAGUCCGGUAACCUGGUCCGAUUACGUCCGUCCUGUCUGCCUGCCCGCCUCUGGCACGCUGUUCCAAGGUGGCAUGCAGUGCUAUGUCACCGGCUGGGGGGACAUCCGGGAUGACGUCCCUCUGCAAGGUGCCGGGACUCUGCAGGAAGUGCUGGUGCCAAUCAUCUCCCAGAGUUCAUGUCAGGAGAUGUACCGCUCGGACCCGAUGGAGCAGGUGGACAUCCUGUAUGAUAUGAUCUGCGCUGGAUACCAGGAGGGCGGCAAGGACUCCUGCCAGGGUGAUUCAGGAGGGCCCCUUGUCUGCCAGAUGGCAAACGGGACCUGGGUGCAGGCUGGCGUGGUGAGUUUCGGGCUUGGCUGUGCUCACAGAAACAAGCCAGGUGUGUACGCCAGACUGACAAGUUACUCGAGCUUCAUCGGCAACACGGUUCCUGAGAUCCGACUGUAUGGAGGAGCUAACGUGAACUGGAGUGGGAGGACUGCCAUGUUGGUCAGCUGUCUGUCCUCCUUACUGCUCCUGCUUCAGAGAUAAGAUGUUUACAAACUGGAUUUCUGAAAGGUGGAGGGCCAGCCAGGACAAAUGAAGGAUUUAUGGAAUUAUGUCCAAAUUUUUUCUGAAUAGUAAAAGUAAAAAAAAAAAAAAAAAAGUACCUGACAUGCACAUUAAGCCAUACUGAACAUGAAGCAUAUCAUAAUCUUGGUUUUUAGAAUUAUGACUGUUAUGAUCUUUGAUUCAAAUUAGUUUGGAUAGGUUUUGUAUUUUAAAUCAGAAUUAUGAGCUUAAUAAAUUAUGUGUUCUGUAUUUGAAAUUAAUUGUUAAUUUGAUUCUUUUUCAAAAUCAGGUCAGUGCUCAGUACAACUUCUGAUAGCCCUGUUUUUGAAUGUAUCAUUUUAGACUUGCAACAAUUUGAUUAGUUGUCAGCCAUUAAAUGUAUCAACUAUUGUGAUCA